CCGCCCGCAUGGUCCAAGCAAGAUGGCAGCCAAGCGCGAUCUGAGGUGGUUGCGGCGGUUACUGUGGAGGUUGUGGCUGGUCCGGAACGCUCCACAGAACCUGGGAUCCGGCCUGGGCUUAGAAGCGAGGACUUAUUCCCAGGGCGACGGCUCAUACUCGCGCACCGCGCUCUAUGAGCUGCUCGGCGUCCCCCCCACGGCCACGCAGGCGCAAAUCAAGGCGGCCUACUACCGGCAGAGCUUCCUCUAUCACCCGGACCGCAACUCGGGGAGCGCCGAGGCUGCCGAGCGCUUCACGCGCAUCUCCCAGGCCUACUUGGUGCUGGGCAGUACCACCUUGCGUCGCAAGUAUGACCGCGGCCUGCUCAGCGACGAGGACCUGCGCGGACCUGGUGUCCGGCCUUCCAAGGGGCACGCCGGCAAUGCCGGCUCGCCCCGCGCCCCGCCACCUGCCUCUCGGGCCCACGGCCGUGGUCAGACUGCGGCGGGAGCCAACCGCGCCAUGUUCGACUUCGACGCUUUCUACCAAGCGCACUACGGAGAACAGCUGGAGCGCGAACGGCGCCAGAGGGCCCGGCGAGAGGCCCUGCGCAAGCAGCAGGAGGACCGGGCCAAGAAGGGCUUCCGCUGGGACGAGACCCGAGACACGACUUUUGUGUUCCUUCUCCUCACAGCCUUCGUCAUCAUGGGCUUUCGUUUUUAAUAGGAGAGAGGAGGAAAGGGGAGCAGCCCCCAGCCGGCCCCAAGAAAACGGCCUUUCCUGUCUUCUUGAACUCUUUGCCUUCCAUAGCCUACCUCUGCUGGGGUCCGAAAGAACUGCUCUCUCCCCUCCUCUUCCCCGCCCGCCAAGCUUAGCCAUCCACCUGCACGUCCUUCCCCUACGGUCCAGAAAGGAAGGCUUUUCGAUGCCCAAGAAAGAGGCCCCAAGAAGAGGAGUCCCGAAAGCCUGAGAGUGAAGGGUUUUCUUGAGUCUCUUGGGUGCCUGCUUCCAGAGGUUGCCUUCCAGAUAUUGUCAACUUCUGGAACACUUGCUCUGGCUUUAUUGUAAAGCUCUGAGCAAGCAUUGUCUGCUCCUGCCCCACGUUUGUACCGUGGGGCUCCUGUGUAACUUUGAACCAUGCAAUGUGACCAAUUGUUGACUGCCAAAAGAAAAAUUCUGGGGUUGUAUGAACCUUGUCUUUCUGUGAGUUCCCCAGCCACAAGUGAGACCUGAUGUAGGGUAAGAAUGGGAUCUUUGGAAACUUGGCAUUCUUGUAUGAUCAGCCCCAGACCCACUCCCCCUUCUGUUGGUGGCAUGUGGGAGUGGGAAAGCAAGGUCACGGAGCAUAAGGAAGUGAGUGUUCUCUGCCCGUACUUAUCUACUGUAUGACCUCAGAGGAAUUAUUCUGGCGUGACAGCAGAGGAACAAAUCAUUUGCUCUCUUGAGGUCUGUCACACUUUAUUAUCCACAGUUCUGAUGGGCUCAGUGAUUAAAACAUGAUGUUAGUAGAAUCAGGUUUAUCCUUGGGACAGUAUGCCUGUCUCCUGGUCAUUCCUUGGCCGGCCAGCCCCAUCACUAACUGCACAGCCCAUCCCCUCCCAGAAAUAGAGCAAUAAACUGGGAGUUUGAGUCCAGCAAACUGGGAAUGUGGCCUGUCGUCGUGUUUAGCCCCACAAGUCAAGUCCUUGAAACCUGCCUGCUAGAGUGUGGAGUAGAUGGUACUUCUAAGGGAGAGGAGGCAUGUGGUGGAAACUUGGUUCUUUAUUCAGAGCUGGCUGAGGCUUAUUUUCUUUCUUGGUUUCUAAGUCGAGCUAAGCAAUUGGUCAUCACUUGGCUGGAGCUGUAGUAGUCAGGCUCUCGAGUCUGUGUCCCUGCACGUAGUGUGUGUGGGGGCUGUGAGAUUUCAGCUGCUCAGGUAUUUAUGCACUGGGGCUAAGUGUAAAGCUGUGGGAUAGGAAAACCUUUGCAAGAGAUCUACCACAAGCGUGAGGACAGAAGUAUAGGUUCUAAAAGCCAGCGGAGCUUUGGUAUAUUAGUAAGAACUCCUGCUCUUGUGAAAUCCUUGUAAUUAGGAUAAGGCCACAGCUAGUUCAAAUUGGUGUCUCAGAAGCGAUUUGGAUUCUAGCGUUGGAGGUCAGAGGCAAGUUCUUAGGAUUUUGCAGUGACGGUAGGAUUCAGUGGUAAAGAUUUGAGCCCACUUUGAAUUCAGACUUGGUAGGCUCAGCCUUGGUUUGGGGGGAGGGGCCCAUGUACUUUUAGAAAGAACAUUUCAUGUUACUAUGUUUCAUAUUUGGAAAACAAGUCCUUUUUGAAAUACAAACAACAGGAAGUGUUCGUCUUAGUAAAAUGUGCCAGAAACUAGUGGUUCUCGGACAUACAACGGAGUGUCCUUGGGGCGAGAUUCUACCAGAGUUUAUAUCAAAAAGAAUUGGGGUUCUUUGGGGGUUUGUUUGUAAAAGCACCAGUGGUAUGUAAUAGCUGGGACCUUUCUCAUGGGCUCCUUGAUAUAGACACCCCCCCAGUUUGAUUUCUGUCAGCGAAUAUCAAAGCCAGGAACAUUCCCUGGGGCCCUAGAACACAGAGGUAUAUAGAAAGUUCCAGAAGGCUGGGGGAGGGGACAGACCCUGUGAAACUUUUGGAACAUUCCACACAACUCCGAGCAGGAGAGUCAAUAAAGUUUAUUAAUCAUCCAA